CUCGGUCUCUUCUCCACACCUCAUUACCAAUCAGACACUCCUCAGACGAACACACACACACAUGCACAGACAUACACACACACAGAUACCCAUCGACUGAAUAUUAAGAGGCGGAGAGAGACCGGGAGAUACAACCCUUCAAACUACUCCCAAAACCUUUAUUAUGGGGGCGGAAAAGGAUAAAAAAGAGACUCAGGAGGGAAGUGAAAGCCGUUUACCUGGCGAUCCCAUGGCCAUCAGGUGGGCCGAGAAAUACCACGACACUCUGGAAAAGUACUGGAAUCGAUUGCCAAAUUUCGUGGGAACCUUUAUUGCCAGCGUGGCCGUUUUCAUCUUGGGAUCGACCGUGCGAGGUGAAUGGCUACACAUCUUGGUACACUUCCUGCGAGCCUUCAGACACGAGGACCCCAGCAAUGCCACCACCAACACGCCCUCUAACUCCUCCAGCCUCCUGUUUGGCAUCGACCUCGCGGACUACAGGUUACAAGGCGUCGGGUUCUACUGGAUCGCCGCUACGACCAUCUCCUACGUCCUCUACCUGGGGAUUGGUGGAUUCUUGCAUUGGUACUAUUACGUGAGGCAAAGGGACAGGGCAGAGGAGUGGAAAUGCCAGCCCAAGAAAUUCAUGUCGCCGGAGUUGGAACGCCAUGAAAUCCUCCUGGGCAGCUUCUCCCUCCUCCUCGGCUCCACCAUGUCCGCCAUCAUCGCCUGCUACAUCAUGAACGGCGGCUGGACGACGAUCUACUACAACGUGAACGACUACGGGUGGCUGUGGUACUUCCUGUCGUGGCCUGUCGUGUUUGUGUGGCAGGACUACCUCACCUACUGGCACCAUCGCAUGUAUCAUCUGCCCUCCCUCUACAAGCACUUCCACAAGCUCCACCACAAGUACAAGCAGCCCACGGCCUUCAGCGUCACCGCCAUCCACCCCAUCGAGUUCCUACACAUGCAAGGAGUGUUGGUCAGCCCCAUGGUGCUCUUCCCCGUGCACUGGACCGUGUUCGUGACCAUCCUGAUGUACCUGUACUACCACGGCAUCAUCGAUCACUCCGGCAUCAACUUCAAGGCCUACUGGUGGCAGCCGUGGCAACCGGACUGCAUCUUCCACGACAACCACCACCAGUACUUCCACGUCAACUUCGGCUUCAACUGCGCACUGUGGGACAAGAUUCACGGGACCCACAGACAGAAGGACAAGGUGUACCGUGAGGACAUCUUCUACGGCCAAGGAAAGGACAUCACCGACUGCACGAGGAGCGAGCUGACGAAGGAGAUGGAGGAGAGAGAGUCAGAAAACGUGUUGGCUUACAGAGGGCGUGACCUGCGCGACGACCAGGUGAAGGCCGUCAAGAAAGUGCUUUCAUGAUGACCUGUGCUGACCUCUGAUGACCUCGCCUCGCCAUCCCUCUAGUCUAUUAUUAGUGUUAGUGCUAUAUAGUGAUGACCCUAGAUGACCCUUGACCUCAUAACCUUGUCUCGCCUUCCCUCAAUGGUCUGUUUUUAGUGUUAGGUCAAUGUGUGAUGACCCCAAAGUGACCUCUGUGAUUUGUUUUGUUUGUUCGUAUGUACUGAUGACCCUAUAGAUGACCCUUGACCUCAUAACCUUGUCUCGCCUUCCCUCAAUGGUCUUUUUUUUUUUUUUUAGUGUUAGGUCAAUGUAGUCUACGAUGACCCCAAAAUCUCCUAUGUGUGUGACCUGUGUGACCCAUGUGAUUUGUUUUGUUUGUUAUAUGUCCUGGUGACCUCAACUGACCUCUGACCUCAUAACCUUGUCUCACCUUUUUUCUAGUCUGUUUUCAAUGUUAGGUCAAUGUAGUGAUGACCCCAACUUGACCUACAUGAUUUCUUUAGGUUAUUUCUUAUGCUCUGGUGACCCUCGACCUAUGACCCUAUUUACUCUAUGUUUAUAUAUAUCAGCAUGACCUUUAUGACCUAUUCUGACUUGGUUUUACAUACUGAUAAGCACAAAUGACCUCACGACCUUGCCUAACUUCCUUUUAGUGUGUUCAUAAUGUGUGUAUAAGUGUUAGUGUGACCUGUUGUGGCCUGUUUACAAAUACUGAUGACCUGGGAUGACCCGAACACAAAAAAACGUACCUAUGACCCCAUUUGAGUUAGUGAGCUUAUUUAACCUAUUUUUCUGGUCGGUCAAUUUAGCGUGUUUGUUCUCUGAGAUGGCUUGACCAACUCUACAGAAACAGGAGGCUUUCCCCGACCCUCAGGAAGAUGACCUUAUGAUGACCUCUGAAGACUUCCUAUUAUCGUCGGUCUUUAGUGUCCAUAUCACCUUGCCCUCCCUAUGACCUGACCUAGCGUGACCUACUUAUAGAAAAACUAGAUUAUGAUAAUUGUAUAAAUAUAUAUUAUGACAAAAUAUACUUAUAGUGCGUG